AAUAUAUAAAAAUGGAAUACCCAGAUGGGUACCUAUUACGUAAGAAUAAAAACUAAGUAAGCUCUGUUUUCUUGGGACCCUUAACGUACUAGUACUAAAUUGAAAUUGUGCCAAGACUAAUUAUAAGUGAUAGCUACAGAUGGAUCUGGAUUUAAAAGUGCUAUUGGUGAUUAGGUAUUAAGAUUAUUAUUUUAAGGAAUUCACUCCAGGUUAUAAAUAUUACUAUGAGAUUAAAAUCUUGAAAGGCAGUUUAAUUAAGAUUGGCGUAUGCACCAAAAAUGGGUUGUUCUAAGAUGUAAACUCAAUGCUCCACCUAAGCAAGCUUUCAGUGAUAAUGAAGAAGGAUGGGCAAUCUAUAAUGGUGAACUGAGACACAAUUCGAAUUCCAGUGGCAAUAAGUAUGGCAAAUAAUACAAGAAA